AUGGAGAAGCAGUCCAAGUUGCCGUCGCUGGCUGUCAGGACGGGCCACGAAUCCGUAAACGACGACGACGUCGCCGCUGGUCACACGAUUGCGGACACAACCCAAGCACAAGCCACUACAGCUAGUCCCAAAUGCCUCGCAUUGGCCGCCGCAGCUCCUCGGCAAAAGUCCAUGAUGCUUGUCCGCUGGCUUCAAGAUGAGGGCUCAGGACCACCCACCACCGAGAAACUAGUCAGAAAGCCGGGACCAAAGACGUGA